CACGCGCACACACACACACGCACUUUGCAAAGUCUCCACAGGAAACCGUGAGCCAUAAUGCGAAGGCACCUCGGAGCAGACGGCCGCCUUCGCCUCAAACCAAGUGGGAUACGGUCGCGGGGCUUUGAUAGCGCGUUAAUUACUCAUGUGAUGUGAUACAGAUGUCUGGGGGCUUCAGCCGAAAGUUUGCCUGACGCUUUCCGAGGGGGCCAGGCUGACAUUUUUUAGAGAAGCGUGAGAAGUUGGGAGUGGCAUCAAAGCCCUGACUGCGUUCCGACAUGGGCACGGCGGUGGCGCAUAUGUUGGUGCUAACAUGCUGUAUGGCGGCCAGAGGAAUGUGCCAAGUGAACAUGGCGGCGGAGGACGGCCAACACGCCGGAUUGCUCCUCCACUCCACCCCGCGGCCUCCCGGCCCGCGCAGGGCCUUCGUGCCCAGCACGGACGCCUGGGGGCCGGCCGCGCACAACCAGGGACCCGGCUGGGCGAACGCCACGGUCAAAAGGAAGCCCCUGCCGCCGCCGCCCAUGUGCCGCGGGAGCACUUCCAUAAAGGGCUAUUUUAAGUACAUCAACACGGCCAUCUCCAUAGUGGUGUUUGUGGUGGGUCUGGUGGGCAACGCCACCCUGCUCAGGAUCAUAUACCAGCAGAAGUGCAUGAGGAACGGGCCCAACGCCCUCAUCGCCAGCCUGGCCCUGGGGGACCUCAUGUACAUCAUCAUUGACAUUCCCAUCAACGUCUACAAGCUUUUGGCGUCACGCUGGCCGUUUGACGACAGCACCGUGGGCUUGUGCCUCUGCAAGCUCUUUCCCUUCCUGCAGAAAGCCUCAGUGGGCAUCACCGUCCUCAACCUGUGUGCCCUCAGCGUGGACAGGUAUCGAGCAGUCGCGUCUUGGAGUCGAGUGCAGGGCGUCGGCAUUCCGCUCUUCACUGUCCUGGAAAUCGUCUCCAUCUGGCUUUUGUCGCUCAUCCUGGCCAUCCCGGAGGCCAUCGGCUUCGACAUGGUCAGCUUCAACUACAGGAACGAGAGCAUCCGCACCUGCAUGCUGUACCCGAAGUCAGACUUCAUGAUGUUCUACAAGGAAGCAAAGGACUGGUGGCUGUUUGGCUUCUACUUCUGCGUCCCGCUGACCUGCACCGCCGUCUUCUACACCUUGAUGACCUACGAAAUGCUCAACCACAGGAACGGCAGCCUCCGCAUCGCCCUGACCGAGCACCUCAAACAGAGAAGGGAAGUGGCCAAGGCGGUCUUCUGCCUGGUCCUCAUAUUCGCCCUGUGCUGGUUCCCACUUCACCUCAGCAGGAUCCUGAAGAAGACGGUCUACGCCCAGAACGACGAGACGCGCUGCGAUCUCCUCAACUUCCUUUUGGUGCUGGAUUACCUCAGCAUCAACCUGGCGACCGUCAACUCCUGCAUCAAUCCCAUCAUCCUCUACUUUGUCAGCAAAAAGUUCAAAAACUGCUUUAAGUCGUGCUUGUGUUGCUGGUGCUACUCGGACAGCCAGCUGAGCAGCAUCGGGCCCCUGAACGGCACCAGCAUCCAGUGCAAGAGCCCCGAACCCAACAACGUGGCCACUGACCGCAUCCUCAGGAAGGACAGCGACUGAGCGCGCAUCAGAGGACUCUUUGCAACCGCUAUAACCGCCUUAGCUAGCCCCCCCCCUACUUUAUUAUACGCAUUAAUAAUAGGAACAAGACCCAAGUGUUGGAAAGGAAGUGAACAAAAGGACAGCAAGAUGGGGAAGAAUGCCGAUAAAAAAAACUGAAUUCUCGUCAGUGAGUCGCCAUGAUUCCAGUAAACGGUGGUGUGGUGACUGCGGGGGAAAAGCAAAGAAGCGGCAGUCAAAGGGAAUGAUGGGAAACAGGAAAUUUGCAAUCUUUGUGCAGGAACAUUUUUCCCUUGAAUGUUCAAAUAUUGUCCAUCCAUCCAUUUUCUACCGCUUGUCCCUUUCGGGUUCACGGUAGGUGCCGGAGCCUAUCCCAGUCGGUGCAAAUCAGAGUUUUCACAAAACCGAGGGUCAAGUCCCAAAAUGUUGAUUUAAUAGAAUUCACAUUAAUACGCCAUGAAUACAUUUAUUAUUAUUAUUAUUAUUAUUAUUAUUCCGUUCAGUGACCGAUGGCAUUAUUUUGCUAUCCGAAAGUACUCGUGUUUCUUGCACACAGAAAAGUGGAUUGGUGAAUUUGAAGCAAAAAGUUAGCAUCAUGCUAACAUAGUAGUGGGUGGAUCUCACGUAAGAGGAAGAGGGGGGGUUAAUCAUUUUGCAAUUCCGUCUGCUGAAAAUGACGGGGAUCGCCAUUCUGUGGUCAAUGUUGGGAUUGCCACAAAACACAUUUUAAAAUAUUCAACACUCCACUAUAGCCGCCAAAAUGGCAGUACAUAGUGCACCCCCUUAAUUUGUCACGUUUCACGUGUGAGGUAUACCACGACGAAUGGGGCAAUGUGAAUCGCCUUCCUACUGUAAUAACUGGACAGCUUGGUUCAAAUGUUCUACAAUA